AUGCCACCACUAUAUGACAAUAACAGUGCAUCAAGAAACGAGUCAGAAUCAACAACAGACCUAGAACGCCCUUCAGCUAAUGGAAAUGCCGAUCAACCCGAGUCGGUCGUAUGUGUGACCAGUGUCGAUGGAAACAAUCCUGGUGUUGAGUCUCCGUCUUUGACAACAGAUCAAGAGAGUGGAAGCGGAGUUGGAGGAAUUCGUGGAAUUGAUAACAGCGAAUCGCGGACAAGGGGCGCGCCUAAGUGCUUUCAAGAAAACAAAGCAGUUAGGAAUGUUAGUGGUCCUUACGUUGUCUCAACUCCAACUGAUGAUGUUGAGGACAACGCGCUUCGUGACAGAAUUGUCCGUGUUGAUGGUGUACUCCUCUACCGUAUCUUGAUUAUAGAUGAAAUCACUCAGAAUGAUCUCACGAAGUUAAUUAAAUUACUUAUCAGUUCUAAGCACUGA